UUCAAAGCCAGCUUCAACAAUCUCUAGUUAAAACAUCAUUUGGUAUCAUGGGUAUAUCUCUAUGCUGCUUCAUGUGUUUUCUAUAAGAAAAAAAUUAAUAUUUUUUUUCUCUUAUGAAUGCAAAAAAAAAUCUAAAAGUAUAUACCGUCUAGCAAUGUAGCUAACUUUUAAGUUAACUUUUAGCUAGAAGCAUAGGGUGUUUAAUAAGCAGCAGAGGGGAUUGGUUUAGUAAUGGUUACAGAAAGAAAGCCUUUUUAGUGUCCUAAACUAAAAUGUGAUUAUAGAGAGAGAAGAAAGAAAGAAGUCAGUCAGAGAAACCCACGUGCACCUGGGAACUCGACCCCUCUUCUCUGCACAAACCCACUCCUUCAUUUCCUCCAUUUUCAUUCUCACUCAAGCAAUCUCUCUCUCUCUCUCUCAAAAGAAGCGAACCAAUGAACCUGAAAGCUUGACUUCUCCUUCUUCUUCUUCUUCGUUUAGAUUCCCUGAACCUCUCUCUCCCCCUCUCACACACACAUAAACAGAGGAGUCUAUCAUCAAUGGUGGAAGCAAAGGAUCAUCAACAAGACAUGGGCGAUGGGAUGCAAUGCGUAAACCACCCCUUCACGAAGAACCCAGGUGGGAUCUGUGCUUUCUGUCUCCAAGAAAAGCUCGGAAAGCUCGUCACUUCCUCUUUCCCUCUCCCUAAACACCUCUCCUCCUCCUCCACCUCUUCCUCCUCCCCUUCCUUCAGAUCUGACUCUGUCGGCUCCACCACCACCGCCACCACCGUCUCCACCUCUCUCUCCCUCUCCGCCUCCGGAGCUAGAAACGUCGCCGCACCCAACAACAACAACAACAGCAGCAAGCUUCCGUUUUUACUUGCUAAGAAGAAGUCCUCCUCGUCGACGGCCAAUAUCGUCUUCAAGAGAAGCCAGUCGACGACGACGGCCGCCUACAGAGGCUCCGACUCCACCCCGAGGAAGAAAAGUGGGUUCUGGUCCUUUCUUCAUCUCCACUCUUACAAACACCAUAGCAGCAGCAAGAAAGUCGGAAACUUUCACGACUCCUCGAAGCCCACGACAACAAAACAUACUGAAAACGCUUUGUCCAAAACAGAGGUGGUCGGAUCCUCCUCUUCGAUGUCAAAGAGUAGUAACAGAAACGGCAUUGAUGUGAUUGUGGAGGAAGACGGGAGCCCCAACGUUGCGGCUACAGCAGCACCACCGAGCGAGAGGAAAGUGUCGAGAUCCAGAUCUGUCGGGUGUGGAAGCAGAAGCUUCUCCGGAGACUUCUUCGAGAGGAUCACUAACGGGUUUGGAGACUGUACUUUGAGGAGAGUUGAGUCGCAGAGAGAAGGUGGUAGCAGCAGCAAAGGCAAAGUUAGUAGUAGUAGUAGCAAUGGUGGUGGUGUGAGGGAGAUGGUUAGAUGUGGUGGGAUCUUUGGUGGGUUUAUGAUUAUGACGUCAUCGUCUUCUUCUUCCUCGUCUUCCUCAUGGGUGUCAUCGUCAUCAGCUGAACAACAACAACAUCAGAACAACAUGGGUCAUGGUGGAAGGAACAGAGGUUGGGGAUGGGCGUUUGCUAGUCCAAUGAGAGCUUUUGGUUCUUCUUCUGGGAAGAGAGGUCGUACGAUAACAGAUUCUACAAGCAAGAACUCAGUUCCGAACUUGGAUGCUAUUCCUUCAUUGUUGGUAGUCAAAAGCUAAAUUAAAAGAACUUUAAUCCCAUGUUGCAAUAAGUGAACUUAAAACGAGAAAGUUUCAUGUUUUCAUCAGUAUUAGAUGUUUUCUUGAACAUUGGGUUGAUGAUCUAAUAGUAUUGUAAUGUUACACUACCUCUUCUAUGUUAAUUAUCUUCUUUUUUGUCAAAUAAGGAGAGAGGGAGCUUAGGAUACUUUGGGGAGCCUACUUUCUUCUGUUUUAUUUGUCUUGUUCUCUUGAUUAUUUUUCUUAUAGUUUUUAAUCCUUGUUUUGUCUC